AUGGAUAUUGAGGAAAAAGAGAGUAAAUUGUAGCCAAAUCGUCAACUUUUGAUAACUGAAAUAUUACAGACUCAUCAAUUUGAGUCAGUUUAUAAAAUGUGUAAAAGAAUAGACAAUAGUAUAUUCAAGAAUUGCAGUUAUCCUUUAAUGAAUAUUAAAAACUAGAUUGAGAAAGUUUAGAAGUGUGAUUAUAGCUUUGAGGAUGUUAAAUAAUAAAAGAUGUUAAAUAUGAUGAAUGAAUAAAUGAAAAUUGAAAACAUGAGAUAGGAGAUGAUAGAUUUGAUUAUAGAGAGAAAACCCUUCCCAAAGAUAUUCUAAUUUAUCGAAUUGAAUGAUAUGAAUCAAUUUGAAAUCAUAUAUUGUGAGAAAUUACAAAAGCAUCUCAUUGAGGCUCAAUUUCACCAUUAAUACAUUAAUAUUGCUAGCUUUUAAUUUGAUUGCAAGCAAGAAAUCAAUUCAAAUUGCAAUGACCAUUAGAUCAUCCUUGAAUCAAUUGAAUUGCUAACAUAAAACAUGCACUAAAUUAUUAAUCUUUAAAUAAUGAGGAUAAAUGACUAUUAUUGGAUUAGGAAUUUGUAUCAAAAAUAAUUACAGAAAUAAUUUAAAGGAUUUAAUUAAGUAAUUCAUUAAAAGAUGGUAUAUUUGUAUGAAUCAAUAUAAAACCACCUAAUAGUAUUGUAAAAUAAUAGAAAUAGAUAAAUCAAGCAACCAUUUAUUAUCUAUGAAUUAAUGAAGAUCUUACUCUACUUUGCUAACCAAAAAGAACUUAUUAUUCCUGAUUUAUUGUUAAAUUUAGGAUACAAAUCAAAAUAUGAUUAGUUCAACAUCAAAUUUAGAUAAAUCAUUUGCCAUUUUAAUCUUCCUUUUUUAAACUAAUUAAUCAAAUUACCAGAGUUGCAAGACGUAGUACACAUUCUCAAUAUUCCUGAUAACAUGUAAAGUGAAUAAUAGCAUAAAGAGUAUUAAGAGUAUUACAUUCAAGAAAUCUACACCUUUUUUAGAUUCAUAAAGUCCUUAUCUAUUGAUGAAGUUAUUCUCUCUUAAUUGCAAUUACUUUUUAAGAAGUUAAAUGAGUUUAGAGAUAAAUUAACCAUUAUUUACGAUAAUCAACAAUUCAAAGGAUUAAUUUCGAGGUUGAAAUUACUUUAUAAAUCAGAAAUCAAUAGUUAAUAAUAUCCUGAUCCGGAGAAAUUUAAUAAAACUUAAAUUAAUUACAUUCUCAUAGUUUAAUUGUUAUCAGAAAUCAAAGUCUUUACUUUAACUUCUUAAAAUAAUAAAAUAGAUGAUGAAUAAAUAAUGAAGAUGUAAAAUUAUAAUGAUGGAAGUGAUUUAGAUGAUGAGAAUGAAGAAUUUUAGAUAUUUUAAUAAGAAAUCAAGAAAACUGUUUGGAGUCCUAAAGAUUAUAAAUAUGUUAAUAUUUUUAAAUACUUUAUCAAUUAGAUGAAUUUAUACAAAGUUCCAUUUCCAACUUUACUCACGAUUGUAUAAUUCUAUAAUUAUAAAUUUACUAUUAAUUGCAUUAAGACUACUUAAGAGGAAUUACACAAAAACUAAUAAUACAUUCGAUUUCUAUAUAGAUUAUUGGCUAAAAAUCUUAAAAAGGAUUAACUAAUACCAUUAAGAGAAUAACUUGUCAAUUUAUAGGUAGACAAGAUAAUUAAAUGGCCUAAAUGUAUACAAUAACAAACUAUUUUGAUUAAUGAAAACAAACAUCAUUUGAAAGAUGAAUUAAAAGAAAUUAUUAAAAACAAGAAUUUUUAAAAGUUUUAUACAGAAUUAAUUGAAGCUAAUGAAACUAAUGAAUUGAGAAAAGAAAUCUUAGAGAAUUUAAAUGAUAUUUUUAAUUAUAUCUAAUCUAUAUGA